GCCAGCCAGGGGCAGAGAGGGCUCUACAGGCUGAGUCCAUAGGGGCAUUGGCUGGGGUGUUUGCAUUAAGGUGUACAGCUCAGCAGAGUGAGACUGCUCUCUAGCUUGAGCUGUGACAGCUGCUUCCUCCUAAGCACUCAGCCAUUGGCACAACAAACUGCAGUUUUCUUUGCAUUUCCUGCACGAUUCAAAAGGCAGUCUGCAAAAAUGAGCCACCCUCACCCUGGACCACUUGCAACUUACAACAGCCUCACAGACAAACACUUGACUGGAUACUUCAGCAAUACAAGGAUAAGACGGCAUCUCCACCGAUCAGGGCUGAUCUCAAGAAGUGGAAGAAUAAUAUCAGAGAAAGAAUAUCGUCUCAAUGUGAUGAGGAAGGAUCACCAAAAAUAUGUUCGGGAGGGCCUAGCUCAGGCCAUAUUUCGCAGGGUCCUUGACAUGGAGCAUCAUCACCAACUAGAAAUAAAAAGAAAACUGGAAAAUGUUGUGAGGAAGGAGAGGGUGCAGAGAAUCAAGGUGGAACAUUCAAGAAGAUCAGGGGAAGAUCUUAGGAGAGCUAAUCCUCUGCUCUCUCCACACCCACCCACCGCUCCAAGAAAUCAUUAUCGACACCCUCCUUUAGUUGAUGGAGAACAAUCUGGUCAUUCACAAUUGUCUUUCUCUCCUCGACCAAACACUGCACCAGAAAACAUGCAACGCCCAGUUCGGCUGCAACCGCUUCACAGCUAUGCCACAGCAGGAUCUGUACCAAAGACUCUGAGUUCCAAGCAGAAGGUGUCAAUGCUUGAACACAAUCAUCAUUUUACCAAUGGGGGAAAUAAAGGUAUGAUAGGAUUGACAAAUUCAGUGGAUUACUCGAAUGGAAUAUCCCCAUAUCAACUUCCCAUCAUUAACAAUUAUGUGAUACCAGUGCCACCCCCACCCCAAAAAGGAGAUAAGAAUGGAAAGUCUGUGAGACAUGGGGCAGCCAGAGGGAGACUAUUUCGUCCCACCACUGCACCAAAUGGCUUAGAGCAACUUUUAACAAAGGAUUCAGGAAAAUUCCACAAGCCCUCAUUACGGAGCAACGCAUCUGUUACCAUGAUUUAUUUAGGAAAAAAUGUGCACUUAUCUCAUGAUGAUACCGAUUACAGAGAUGAAAUCAAAGUCUAUCAGCAGCAUUGUGGAGGAGAAAACCUUUGUGUUUACAAAGGCAAGCUCCUGGAAAGAGAGACCUUUCAGUUCACCUCAAAGCGGCAUCAUGGCUUCCCCUUCAGUCUCACCUUUUUUCUCAAUGGGAUACAAGUGGACAGGCUGAGCUCCUGCUGUGAAUACAAGCAUCGGAAAGGUGCGAGACUGGGAGGCAAACAAGGAUACUUUGGUUUCGUCAAUGUGGACAGAGCAUCCCCCUGCUAUCGCUGUAUUAUUGAAAUGGGUCUGGACAAAAAGCCCUCUCCUCCCAAGAAAGAAAUGAAAGAAGACACUAAAGAAAGGCUUGAGGAAUCAAUGAAAGUCAUAGAGCCCAAUGAACCCAGUGAAAGCAGUACUGAACAGGAGGCAAACAAAGAAUCAGCACUGGUUAUUUCAUCUGCCCAAGAAAAGGAGCCUUCAGAGGAUAAGAUGGAAAUUGAAGAGGAGGAAAGAAAAGAAGAAACAAGAAGGGGAAUAAAUGAUGAGAAUGAUCAGGAAAACUCCAGCAAUGAUGAGUAUGAUGAAGAUUUUGAAGCAGAUGAAGAGAAAUCAGAUGAAGAAGUUAAUGAAGAAGGACAGGCUGAUGAUCAAAUGAAUGGAAUGUCAAAGUCACCCACAGAAGAUGAAAAAGAUAAUUUAAACCAUGAAAAGGAGAGUAAAAGCUCAUUGGAGAAGGCCUCUGACAGUGAGAAAGAUGAAAGUGAUGGAUACUCCGACAGUGAUUCAAAGGAGGGUAAACAAGGUGAAGUAGAUGAAGCAGCUAUUUGUGAAAAAGUUGCAGCUGUGAGAAAGAUGCAGUGUUUUUAUAGAAACUAUAAAAGCCAACAGAAACUUAUCUCAGAUAGGAAGUCUGCAUCUCCUUUCUCAUCCAGCAGUACCCUAUAUAGCAGUGAAGAUGAGUCUGAAGCUGAAAAGACAAAAGACAAUAUUGCAGGCAAUGAAAAGGAAGAUAUUGAAAAGACUUCUGAUGAUCAAACAUACGCACAGUGUGAAAAAGAGAACAAGGACAGCAAACCACUGCAAAUGGAGGAAAACUUGGAAAUGGAAGCAGACGAGGAGAUGGAAAUGGAUGAAACCAGAAAGAUGGAAGCAGAGGAUGUGUCAUUUAGAGAAGGAAGUAAGACUCUUCCUGAAAGUAUCAUGGAAACAUUGCCCCAAGACACAGAUGAAAUCAAUGGGGAACUCAAACAUGGGUCAAUAGAAAAUAACACAAGGGAAGAUGGGGAGGAGGCUGGAAAUAACAUGAGGGAAGAUGGGGAGCAGGAUGUUCUAGUGCAUUUGGAAAGCAGCACUGUGGAAGCAGAGGAUAGAAACAAGGAGCCUCUUGAGGUUGAUGAAGGAGGUGAUUGCAAGUCUGUCCAAGAGAAAAUAGCAGAAGCAAUUGAAAAUGAUUAUCACUUGAAUUCUGAACCUGAACCCAGUGAUUCCAGUACAGAUGAGGAAGAAGAGACCUUAACAAGUGAAGCUCAUGACAUAAAUGAAGUGCCAGAUGGAGCUUUCUUGGCAGAAGGAACAAGAACAGUUGAAAUACAGAAAGCAACAGAGCAAAUGGUACAAGAUGGGUGGAUGAUGGGGGAGAAAAAAGAACUUGAGGAGGAAGAGUUUAUUGCUGAGGAAAGAACUGCUGGCACCAAUGAGGAAGGAGAUGAACGAGCUCUAGAGGAAGAUACAAUGUCUAAGAAAGAAGCAGCAUGUUUGAUGGAAGGGGCAGUAGAGAGCAGGCCUGCUGCAAAAGAGACAGUAUCUGAAGAGGAAGGAAUAGUGCAAGGAGACUCAGAAGAGAUGGGGAGAGGAAAGAAAUGGGUAUCUGAUGGAGAGGAGGCAUCCAAAGGAAAUGUAGUUGAGGAAGAAGAUGUAAAUGAGGGAGAGGAGGAAGUGGAAGAUGCAGUGUCUGAAGAAGAGGAAAUGGUGGGGGAAAUUACCUCAAAAGUAGAGGAGGUGGUAAAAAUAGUUGAAGCAAUGUCUAAAGAAGAAGAUGCUGCUGAGCAGGCAUCUGAGGAGGAGACUCUGAAGGAAAUGGCAUUUGAAGCAGUAGAGUCUGUGGGGAUGACAGACUUUGCAGGGAAAGAAGCUGUGAGGGAGGCAGCACCUGAUGCAGAGGAGACUGUGGAGGAGGGAGACUCCUCAGGAAAGGAGCCAGCUUCUGAGGGAGAGGUGGCUAUGGAAACUGUGUGUGUAGGAGAGGAGGUUGAAUCUGAAGAGAAGAUUGUGGAAGAGGCAACUCUGGAAAAGGCAGAGUUUGCAGUAAGAGAGGUUGCAGGGCAGGUGGAAGCUGAAGGAGGACAUUAUGUGGCGAGGACAGCUUCAGAUGGGGAGGAGGCACUGAAGAAGGCAGUGUCUGCCGUUACCAGCCAUGUAGAACCUGAGGGACAAAAGGUUGUGGACAAGGCAGAAUUUGCAGUAGAGACAGUUGAAAGGCAGGGGGGAACUGACGAUGAGAAGGUAGCAGAAAAGGCAGAUUUUGAAGGAGAAAAGACAGAGUCUCUAGCAAAGGGAACUGCAGAGCAGGUGGGAGAGACUGAAAGAGAGGCCAUGGAGAAGGUGGCCUUUGAGGGAGAGGACUCUGUGGAGAAGGCAGGAGAAGUAAAGGAGACUCUGAUGCUUCCUUCAGGGAAGGUAGUAUCUGAAGGAGAAACUGUGGAGGAGGUGGCUUUUGAGGGUGGGGAGGUUGUGGCAAGGGCAGAGGCUGCAGUAAGGGUGGUUACAAGGCAGGUCGAUGCUAAAGGAGAGGUUGUAAAGGAAGUGGCUUCUACGGGAGAGGAGGUUGUGGGAAAGGGAGAAUUUGUAGCAGACGAAUUGGUAGAAGCAGUGCAGGUUCCCAGAGUGGAAGGAGGAUCAGACUUAGUGUUGGAGGCAAAGGAGGUUACCCUACUGGGAGGUGAAGCUAUGAGAGAGGAGCCAGUGGGAGCAGGAGAAGUUCUCUUGUUGGAAACAGCAGCCAAACCAGAGGAACCAGUAGGAUUUGAGAAGUUUCCCAUGAGUGAAGCAGUGUCUAAAGUGGAUAGGACAGCAAAAGGAGGGGAAGAUCAUGUAGUGGAACCAGUUCAAGAAAAGGAAGCAACACAAAAUAAAGACCUAGAAAAGGACCCCACAGUAGACAAAUCAGCACCGCAGUGGGAGGAAAUAUCGUUGGACAGAGAAACAGAGAGGGAAACUUUAAAGGAAGGAGAAACAUGCAACAGUGAGGAGGGCCUAGUGGAAGCAUCUGAAAAAGUUAGAGCAAAACAAAAACCUGAAGAAGAAAUGGUAGAUGGAGAAGCAUGCGUAGGGAAGUUGGAGGCUGAGAAAAUGACAACUGAGAGAGAGGAAGUAGGGAAGGCUGAAAAAGAGGAAGUGACAAAGGAAGCAGAUAAAGAGGUGAUGUUGUCAAUGGCAGCUCUUGAAAUGACAUCUAUAUUGGAAGAAGAGGUACCUAGUGAUGAAGAAUCAAGAGAAAAAGCCAAAAUAAAUAUAGGAGAAGUGGAAAGUGAAAAUUUGGGGGCUGAGGAAGUGACAAUGGGAGGAGAAAGAAUGUCAGAAGCAUUAGCCUCUGAAGAGGCAAUGGCAAAGGAAGCUGCAGGCAGUGGGAAAGUAAAGGGAAAUGCAAUAACACAUCGAGGUGAGGAGAUGGAAGGAAAAUCAUCACCUGAUGAGAAAGAGGAAGCAGAAGAAGCAUUAACUGGAUGUGAGGUGCAGAAAGAGGAAGAAAGACAUGAAGAGGGCCAUGUAAUAGAGGAGUCAGGUUUUGAAGACCAGAGAGUGAUGACAGGAGAAGGAGUUGCCAAAGAAGAUGGAAGAGCAAGAAAAACAUUUCCCAAAAAAGAAAAACUGAUGACAAAAGUAUCACUGAAGAAAGAAGGAGAAGCAGUGACUGAGAUGGAUUGUGUGACCGAAGAAACAGCAUCUUGCUGUGGUGCAGCGAGGGCACAACCUGCCCCUGUAGGAGGGGAAGGAACUGAACAAAGAGAGGCCAACAGGAACUACAGGAUGGGGAGAAGUGGGACGGAAGACAUAAGGGGAGAAAUCAAAUGGAAGCAAUUUGACAGACACAGAAUAGCUGGAACAGAAGUGACAGAAUCUAGAGCAGAAAAUCCACCCGGCAGUCCUGGAGGUGCAGAGCUGCUUGAAGUCACGCACAAAGAAGAAAGCCCUGCACAGAUAAGCACAGUGACUAUGGGAGCACCCAUUGCCGAAGAGAGAAAUGGAGGAGAAUGGUGACUGAAGGUGAGUUGUUUUUUAUGAUCUAGGUUGAUUUUACUUUGAUUAUGCUCCUUUCUAUUGUGUCUGUUCUGAAGUAUCUAUAGGCUUGCAUUGCUAACCUGGCCUGACAUUUCCACAUGGUAAAAAAUUGAGCCUUGGGAGGAGAUAGAUAGCCAUAUUUUUCUUCACCUAUAUAUUAUAUGCUUCUCUUUAGGAAAUACUUAAAAUAGAUUGCAGAGUCUGGGCUGGAUUGUGACCAUUCAGUUAUGAGCAUUCUCAUAUCUCCAUUGCUGCUGAGUGGUAUUAUACACCACAAGUGCCACUGGUUUUAGGUAGACUGUUUACAGAAUAAAUGAGGAGGGGCAGCAUGUAGUCUUAACAUUUCAACUGAUUUUCAAACUGAUUUUUGGUUUUGUAAUGAUAGUCAAUGCUUGUGCAUCCCCUUGGUAUCUAGCUAAUUUAUUUUUGAUACUUCUAUGGCCAAUUUUACCAUAUUAACUGAGAAUCUCAAGUAUUUAAUGUAUUUACUGUACAGCUAACAAUUUUCUUGUUAUUUCCCAGAAUGGUCUAAAGCUGGACAUAAUUAUCUUCCCUUGGAUACAAUCCCAGAACGGGGAACAAAGACUCAUCUAAGCAAUCUCUGCAGUUUCUUCAGUGCUGUUAUUUUAGUAACAUUUUUACAAAUCACUGUAGAUUUGUACUGGUUGGGACAUUCACUCUUUCUUUAUUUUACUUUAUGAGUACCAUAACCAUCUGUUACAUUUUACUGGAGCAGCUCUAGAAUGUGCAGCAUACAACUGAAAUAGACCUAUAUAGCCAGUCUUGGAAUUAGCACUCCUUUAUAAUUAUGAAGACAAUAAUCAUAAGGAUUGUUCCACAGCUGUCAUGUAUUUUUUUGUUCUCAAAAUACACAGAGUUAUUACACUGCUUGAACUUAAACCAAAAAAACUCAGCCAGUUUGAGAUGGCUACACAGGAGGAUAAAUGAUGCUUUAUGUAUAAUAAUAAAAAUGGUUGCAAGUGGUUAUAUUAUAGAAAUGUGUAUAUAUCAGUAUCACUCCCUCUCUUCUAUGCAGCUUUUUGCAUGCCGCUAUUCUUUGAGGUAUCAUCUUCAUGUGUGCAUGUGUCUAUGGUACCCCUGUGUUUUGACUGGUGCAUUGAGAGAACACUGUAAAGUAUAUAUUAAAUUAUUAUAACAAAAAGAAACCCAGUUCUCCUUCCAUGUACGCAGUGCAAAUAUUGCAGGAGCUAGUGAAAAGUAUGUUAUGUGAUGUAGGACAGAACUACCUCCACUGGAGCAUAUUCUUUCCUUGUACAUGUGUGUACAUGUACUUAGAGUGGAAAAUAGAGCAUAGGCAUGAAGUCAGGACUGCGUGUGACUGCACUAGAUGGGGAGCAGCUGAUGCCUGAGCAUACUGGCCCCACCAAAGCCUUAUGAGAUCUAAGGUUCCCUUUUGGGCACAUGCAGUGGUGAGGAGUAGUAGCACGCUGCACUUCCAAUACCUCUUAAAGGAGCUGUAAAGCAUGGCCCAUCAGACAAUUUCCUGUUGCCAAACCCUGCACAGAUCCAACCUGCAGAUCUAGGACACUCUAGAUUAGACCUGGAGGGAACACUGCAAAAAUAGCCACAUAAACCUAAUGAAAGAGUGGCAUUUUCACUCUCUAUUCAUUUCUUUUGGGCACAACUGAGCAAACUUUUGUUUGGAAGAACAUGCUUGCAUGUGUGUGUAUUGAUUCAGGGAGGGGCUGUAUCUUAAAAGCUUUCCAUGAUCUUGUGAGUUGCUUGGUUAGGAUUUGGAACCUGCACAAUGUAGCUUAAAUGGCCUAUCCCUUAGUACAAAUAGCAAAUGCCUAAAGCAGUUGUAAUGGUGAAUAGUCCUUGAGAAAAUCUAAAGCCUGAAAAAUGAAGUUUAUUUCCUACCUAUGGGGACUUUUUACUAUCUUGUACUAUCUACACUUUUCCCAGAGCCUGACGAAGGGACUUUGAUCCCAAAAGCAUGCAGAAAAGGAAAAUUUUCUUGUGAUUUUCCAGUUGGUCUAAUAAAAGGUAUCAUUUUGGAACCAAGAGUUCUAGCUUUUUGUAAGCCAUUCACCAAGUCUUUCUGGGUGUCAGCAGCUAAGACAGAAACUGCAAAAUAUGUUGCUCAGCUGUACUCAGUACCUGCCUCCCUCGGGACCACUGGCUGCCUCUGCUGUCCCAAAUAAUUCAGUUCAGCCUCUAGUAAUUUUUAACUAGGCUGAAUUUCAAAUAUUGCCAUUAUUAUGCUUACUAAAAAGCAAGAACCUAUGUUUGAAAGGUUUUUUUCACCAUUUCCCACACCCUCAGCAUACAAGUAGAAUCAUAGAAACUUAGGGUAGGAAGGGACUUCAGUAGGUCAUGUAAUCCAACCCCUGCUCAAAGCAGGACCUUCCUCAAUUAGAUCACUUCAGCCAGUGCUUCGCCUAGCUGGGUCUUAAAAACCAUCAUGGAUGAAGAUUGCACAACCUCUCUGGGUAACCUGUUCCAGUGCUUUACUAC